AUGGCGUCGAACGUAAACCUUACCACUUCGUUCUACAACAGUUUACCACCAUCACACCGAAAACUGUACAAAAGCUACGCCCAGACGGUUAACAAGCUGAGCGCCCAAUGCAUAAGGAAAGAUUUUCUCCGACGAUGUAAAAAAUUUGGCUUACACCCCACACAUAUACAAAACACCUUCCGCUGCAUCAACGGAUUAUUGGAGGAUGCCAGUCCAUACAGAGGGAAGCUGGAGAAAGCGAUGGACCGUUUCAAACGCACGAUCCUGAACGUCGAAAUCAGCGAUAGUUUUCACAAAAUCAAAACGCUAGAGAAAACGAAAGCUACCCUCACGAGCAAAAUCACGCAAGUAUCCCCCUCUAACACAUACACACAUUUCUUCGAGCGCCAGGAAACAUUCUUUCAAAGAAAAUGUCGAUCGUUGCAGAUUACGACAAGCCGCAAAUUUCAACGUCUCUACAAAAGGGUUGAGAUUGAAAAAGCAAACAAACUCAAAGUGAACGAUUCUUGGGUUAAAAACAUCACAGAUGUUGUUAUUCCCCAAGAAACGAUGGUUCUUUUGGGCUAUGGUCCCAAGUUCACCUUGCCGUUGGAAAAUAAUCAAGAAAUUCCAUAUUUCAAGAUUAUCGCGGACUUGGAAUCAAUUUUACAGUCCGAACGAGAUGAGAGUUUGCAAAUGGUUUGUCGCAAUCAGUACAUCAACAUAAUUCAAAAUCAUAUGAACAGGCUAACGAACGCUGGUCAUACAUCGCCACCAGACACUAUCAAUCGUUUUUUGAUCGAAGCAUUUCACGUCAGCAAAAAGUUCAUCCGAGAAAAUCCAGACUUAUGUGUUGUAACCGCCGAUAAGGGCAAUAAAACAGUUAUAAUGAAGAGAGAAGAUUAUGAGUCAAAAAUGAGAACCCUUAUCGACGACAUCGACACAUACGAAAGGAUCGACGCGGAUUGGACAAACAAAAUUCAAACGAAAAAUAACACGCUGGUGAAAUCACUAUUCGACCAAAAAAUGAUUGAUCAACCCACCAAGAAUCGGCUAACUACAUACAACGCGACUUGCCCUAAAAUUUAUGGAUUACCUAAGAUUCAUAAAGACGGCAAUCCACUGAGGGUCAUACUGUCAUGCAUAAAUUGCCCAACAUAUGAUCUCUCAAAAUACCUUGCAAGCAUUCUGCAUCAUUCGAUAGACCACGAGAAAUAUAACGUACGCAACUCAUAUCAGUUCUGUACGUUUAUUAACAACGUCACGCUUCCCCCCAACUAUGUAUUGGUAUCGUUUGAUGUAGUAAGCCUGUUCACUUGCAUACCGAGAGACUUGGUGGUACAAGCGGUGAGAAAUAACUGGAACUUGAUCGAGAAAAAUACAACGAUCAAAGAGCAAAAUGUUUUCAUCAAGCUCAUUGAGUUUAACAUCUCGUCCAGUUAUUUCACCUUCCGUGGGGCCUAUUACCGGCAAAAGGAGGGGACAGCCAUGGGGAAUCCCUUGUCACCUGCUUUAGCUGAUCUUGUAAUGACUACAUUACUUGAUGAUGUGCUUGCGAAGAUCGAUAUUUAUCAACCGAAGCACGAAUAA